AUGCCUCUUAUUUGUAAAGUGAAUCAAACCAAGCCGACUGUUCAACUGGCCUCUGUUCUUCCUGCGACGGUGUCGACUGCUACAAAUGUUUAUAGUUCUUCUUCUGGGUUAGGAAGUCAAGUUCCUAUUGAUUCUACAAUUGAUCGAAACACGAAAACACUUGUUAUUAAUCCUCAACCUUCUUUAAUUCCUCAAGCCAUUUUGGAAUCUCAUGAAUCCUCGAUGGAUCGAAGUCUGCCUAAAUCUCAAAUCUCUGCUCCUGAGAAAGGAAUUCAGAUCCCAGUUGUUAUUUCGAAUACUCAAAAUCUCUCUGGUCUUCAUGUUCUUGCUUCUAAUAUUGUUUUUGGUUCUGUAAAUUCCAUGAACUCUUCCAAACCUGCUAAGAGGCUGGAAAAGGUAGCUGAAUGGCUUAAUCCUCAGAUAUGCUCUGAGAUUGAAAGUGUAGCUAUUGUGAGGUCUGACACACAUGAUAAACUUAUAUGGAGGCAUACCAACUCAGGCUGCUUUACUGUUAAAUCUGCUUGGAAUGAAAUUAGGAAAAAGGGGUCGCAUAAUGAUAUAGUUCAAGAUUCCCUGAUUUUAGUGGAGUCUGAUUCUCAAACUUUAGUUCAAAUGGUGAAAGGAAUAGCUGCAGUUCCAUGGAAAUUGCAAUAUUUGUUAAAGAGGAUUAAUUUGUUGUUUGGAAUGAUGAAUUUGCAAAUAUCACAUAUUUACAGAGAAGCUAAUGGAAUUGCUGAUUUCUUAGCUUCUUUUGCUGUUCAGACAAAGAAAUACACUGAAUUCUCUGACAGUAAUAUAUUGCCAGUUGCUGGAAGGCUUAUUCAGAGGCAAGAUCAGACUGGUUUACCUAAUAUCAGAUUGAAAAGGAUACUUUGUGGUCAAAGGCAGGGAAUAGGUUAA